UUUCUCUCUCUAAGUAAGACUUUUAGUCAUCCUUAGACAUCAACCACUCAACAACUUUAACCCACCACCAAUUCUAUAAUAACCCCUUCUCUCUCCCAUUUCUCAACACAUCUUCACUUCAUUCAUAAUCCAACAAAAAAAUCAAUUGUAUCAAAAACAACAAAAACAACAACAUGGUUGGGAAGAAGAACCUAUGGUUCAUGUUCAUUCUCUCUUUGUUUGUUUCAACAACCUUAGCACAACAAACACAAACACAAACAUGUCAAUUACAAACCUUCACAAACAACGAGAAAUUCACCUCGUGUCGCGAUCUACCUCAACUCACCUCGUACCUUCACUGGACAUUCGACCGAACAACAGGAAAACUCGACAUAGCAUUCCGACACACAGGAAUCACAUCAACAAACCAGUGGGUCUCAUGGGCUAUUAACCCUAACAACGAUCUCACAUCCGCCAUGACUGGAGCACAAGCUUUGGUUGCAAUUCUACAAUCCAGUGGUUCGCCAAGAGCUUAUACUUCGUCGAUUGCGAAUGCCGGUACUCAAUUAACAGAGAGUAGAAUUAGUUACAAUCAUUCGAACUUGAGGGCUACACAUGUGAGUGAUGAGGUUACGAUUUUUGCGACGAUUAAUCUUCCUAGUGGUGUUACUUCUUUGGUUCAUCUUUGGCAAGAUGGUUCUGUGUCUGGUGGUUCUCCUCAACCACAUGCCAUGAAUAAUGGUAAUUUAAAUUCGAAGGAGAGCUUGGAUCUUCUUUCUGGUGUUACUCAAGCUGGAUCAGGUGGAGGUUCACUCAGUAGAAGAAGAAAUACCCAUGGAAUACUAAAUGCAGUGAGUUGGGGAACUUUGAUGCCGUUGGGAGCUGUAAUUGCAAGGUACUUGAAGGUGUUCAAAUCUGCAGACCCUGCUUGGUUUUACCUUCAUGUUACCUGUCAAACAGCUGCGUACAUAGUCGGUGUUGCUGGAUGGGGUACCGGUCUAAAACUCGGCAGUGACUCGGCUGGUAUUACCUACUCAACGCAUAGAGCACUCGGAAUCACCCUCUUCUGCCUUGGAACCCUUCAGGUUUUCGCGCUGCUAUUAAGGCCCAACAAAGAUCACAAAAUCAGAAUCUACUGGAAUUUCUACCAUUGGGGUAUCGGAUACGCAACGAUAAUCAUCAGCAUCAUCAACAUCUUUAAAGGGUUCGACGCAUUGGAAGUGUCCGCAGGGAACCGAUAUGAUAACUGGAAGCAUGCGUACACCGGCAUUAUUGCAGCUUUGGGUGGAAUCGCAGUGCUUUUAGAAGCUUACACAUGGAUGAUUGUGAUCAAAAGGAAAAAGUCAGAGAACAAGUUGUCACAUGCAACAAAUGGAACAAAUGGAUAUGGUCAGCAGGUGUAGGGAGAGAUAGAUAUAGAAACUGGAUUUUGGUUUGAGUUUUAUAUAAUUGAGUUUUUGCUGUUUAGACCCUUUUUGUGUAUAUUUGGUUGGUUGCAUGAGUGUAUUUUGGGUUUUAGAUUAUUCUUUCAUAGGAUAGUGAAAAAAAAUCCUGGUGUGUGGUUUUUUCCAUGCAAUUCCAGAGGAUACUUUGUCUCAGAUAUACAUAUUUUGUAUUUUUUAUUUA